AUGCUGAUUGCAGCCCCCUUCCUGCUGCUGCUGCUCCUCGGGGCCCCCAGGACAAGCCUCUCCCAAAAGCUCCACAAAGCCGAGACCCUCUUCAGCUGCAUCAACGCAGCCCUGACUGAGGCCAAGAAGGGCCAGCUGGGCGGCGCGCCCCUGCCGAGCAAGAGAAGCUUCCCGCUCCUCCCCGGCCAAGACCCGCCCUCGGGAGCAGCCGAGGAGAAGGGGGAGGAGGAAGACAAGGAGAAGCGGCCCUUCCCUGGCUCCGGGGGGAGCGGGGGCGCCGCAAGCACCCGGUACAAGUACCUGCCCCAGCCUCAGCUCAAGGGGAGGCUGUACCAGGACAAGGCCAAGAGCGACCGGCGCACCAAGUUCACGCUGUCCCUCGACGUCCCCACAAACAUCAUGAACGUCCUUUUCAACAUCGCCAAGGCCAAGAACCUGCGAGCCAAGGCAGCCGCCAACGCCCACCUGAUGGCCCAGAUUGGGCGGAGGAAGUAG